GACAGUCAGCAGUGUCAACAAAAACUUUUAAAUUUCACACAUUUUUAGUUCUUCUUAAACCGAAUUUAUUGACCAAUUUCAAAUUUGUAAAUUACAAAUUGUAAUUCAACACCACACCACUCAGUUUGUGAGCUGAGGAGUUUAGAAGAAUUCUCGACCACCACGACAGAAUUAUUUAUCUGUAGUCAUGUCGGCAAAAAUAGAAUCGUCAACUUUUCAAAAUUCCAGCAGCAGGAAAUCUGUGGAGGUCGAUUCAACUCCAUUUUUAUCAGAUUGGGGGUUCACAUUGAAGGAUCUCUACAAUUUGGGGUUACAUUUUUAUCGAGAUAAGCAAGGGAAGGCAGUGCACUUCUCCUAUGAAGAGCGUUUGAAGUUGUCAGCCCUAAAUUGUCAGAUUUCACAUGGAAAAUUUAAUUCUGAAACAGCUCCGCCAGUUGGAGUUUUGGACGUUAUUGGGAAGGAUAGAAGAUUGGCUUGGCAAGGACUAGGAGAAAAGAGCAAAUCGGAUUGCAUGUUCGAAUUUAUAACAUUAGUGCAUAAUCAGAGUCCAUUGUUCAAACCCUUUGUUGAAGCAAACAAACGCGAUUUGGAGGAAAAGAGCAGAGUUCGUAAAGAAGUGGAGGAGGCGAAAUCACACAUGGAUGAAGAAUAUUUAAUAGCCCGUGAACUGGAGAGACAAGCAGAGGAAAAUCGACAUAAAAUGGAGGAGCAAAAGAGAAGAAUUCAAGAUGCUUUAAAUCAACAAACGUUUCAACAGUUUAUGUCAUAUGCUGAACAGCAAUACCCAGGAAAUCCUGACCAGCAAGGAGUUUUAAUUCGUCAACUCCAAGAACAACAUUAUGAACAGUACAUGCGACAAUUGUACCAACAACAAUCGUAUGCGGCGCAAAAGGCGGAAGCCGAUGAAAAAGAAAUUGAUCAAUCUGGAGGCGAUCAUUCACAGAAUAAUAAUCCUAGAAUAAAUACACAAGUGGAUACUGAAGCACAAUUGCUGUCCGAAGGGUUGAAAGCAGUACAAAUGACUGACAACAAUGAAACGGAGAUGAAUGGACGAAAAUCUGCGUCGGACAGUGAGAAAGAAGAUGGUAACGAAACUGAUGCCGAAGAAGAAGACGGGAAUCAUACUGGCUCAUCCUUAGCUGCAGCUUCAAUGUGGACCAGAAAGGAUAUCAAAGAUUUCAAAGAGUCUGUAACUGCUGAAGGUGGAGAAGCCAUAAUUCGAAUUGGGCAAGGAGAAUCUGUCACUGUUCGUGUUCCUACACACCCUGAAGGGUCUUGUUUGUUUUGGGAGUUUGCCACUGAUAAUUAUGACGUUGGAUUUGGACUUUUCUUUGAGUGGACCAACACGGAGGAGUCUGUUUCCGUUCAUGUGUCUGAUACGACGUCAGAGGACGAAGACGAGGACGAUGAAGCUUUUCAGGCUUUACAAGAUGAUUUAGAAAAAGGACGAGAGUUACUUCCAAAGGGUUCAAAACCAAAUACUGACGUGAUUAUUCCCGUGUUUCGUCGCGAUGCACACCAAGAAGUUUAUGUUGGAAGCCACUUAUUUCCUGGGAAGGGUGUCUAUCUCCUCAAAUUCGAUAACAGUUAUUCUUUCUGGCGAUCAAAGACUUUGUACUAUCGAGUGUACUAUACAAAAUAAACUAUCCCUUGGUUGGUUAACUCGAUUUUUAAUUAUAAGAACUUCAAACUAUUUUAAGUGUAGGAAUAAUAUUUAUUUGUACAUAUACGUAUAAAUAAGCUCGUACCCGUCAAACAAAUUGUCCUAUUCUGAUAUAGACGUGAUCGAAUUUCGCAAACUUACAAUUUCAUGCAUAAAAAGGAAUCUACAACCAGAUGAUGAUAAUUUCAAUUACUUUAAGCCCAAACCAAAGUUCUUUAUGUUUCAGUCAACUACUACUAGCUUAAUUAAGGUAAUUUAUAUAAGUCUCAUUAAUUUGACGAACACUAUUUUGUCGAAUAAAACCGCUAAAUUGACAUAUGUUGGACGCCUUCCUGAAAGUAAAAUACUCUGUUCGACAAUUUCAACCCGAACUUGAGACUGUCGCAUAUGCUGUGAGUAAUUCUAUCGACGGUCAACUCUUGUUUUGUAGUCUGAGAUUAGAGGUCACUUAUUAAUAGUUACAAUUUGUAACAACUGACUUUCUUUUAUUUUUUGUGUACAUUUUAUUUCACCCUAUUGUACAUACCAUUACCCACUACUGGUUUUAAGCGAAUAAAUAUAACAAGUACCUAAAAAACAA